UAGAAAGUGAAUGAAAAUGAAAAUUCCUGCGGAGGCGCUUGUAAGCUGUCACUCAAAUAAGCUGCCUAGCUCUGUCCUUCCACAGUCCACAGAAGGCGGGUGUCUGCUCCAGCGAUCCUCGAUUAAGGAACCUGGUACCACAAAACCACAACUUGAGCAAAAUAUCAGGCUUCUCUGUUCAUUUAAUUUAUUAUCUCCUCUGAAAAGAAAGAAGAAAUUUCCUCUAGGGAGUGACGACAAAAAAGUUGAUGGAGAAAUAGCUGUCUCUAAGUCAUUGCAGAUUUGCAGUACUCUUUUGUGUAUUUCUUUCUUACCCAGUUCCUGAUAUCAUGACCUCUUUCAUGUCUCUCUCAGGCAAAAAAGUGGAGAAAUAUAGUGCUAGUAGCUGCUGGCGUGUUUGAUGCGUCAGCUUGGAAGUCUUGAAUUUCAAUCUCAUUAGAAGGUUAUCCAUCUAUGAGUUUGGAAGGGAACUGGAGACUUUUAUUUGCACCAUAUUAGUUGAGCUGGUAAUUGCUGGUCAUAUCAAAACAAUGUCAGCUUAUGCACAUCAAGCGGAGAGGGAGUUCUCUGCUCAUAGUCUCUCAAGUAGAGGAGGCUCUGAUUGUAGAGGUGUGAAGUUGUUGAUGAAUAGCUAGUGGACAUAAUUUACAACUCUGAGAUUGAAACCUUGAAGAUAUCAUGGCGAAAUACAUCAUCAUACAGUUGCUAUCACAAGUUUCUUUGUUAUAUUCAAAUGCCAAAUUAAUUGCAGAAAAAUAUAUAGCAUGGUUGUGGGCCUAUUAAUGGAACAUGGUCUAUUGUAUGUAGUAUAACUCAACUGGGUACUGUAGCUAUCUUCAUUGUACUUCUGCCCCAUGAAAGAUGGGAAGCCGUUAUAUGGUAGAGUCAGGGUUCUACAUGACUUCUUUUGCUGCAACAAUCUUCAUUGGUGCUCUUGUAACUGUUGGAGUUGUAUUCAUCACCCUGCUGAUUGCUUUAUCAGUAAUGUUGCAGUCCUGUGAGAAUAGAAGUAAAGGUGUUAUUGAGAUUCAAAAACCAAAUGAUGAUUACAAUUACUGCAAGAUUUUUGCUCUGCAUGCAGAGCUCAACAACUUGGGACCGGAGGACUUCCCUUCAAUUUGCAGGAGUCUUGCUGUUCAGCACAUCAAAGAAGGUCAAUAUGAGAGAGAAUUAAACAGUACUAAGCAAUUGGUUGAGAAGUACUUUGACAGUGUUGUUCCAUUAAAUGAUGAACUAGAUGUGGUAUUGAUGGACAUAGAUGACAUUCUUCCUUCAAAUCCUCAAUACGACCAUCCCUUGAUGUACCAAUUGAAUCAGUGUGGCUCUAAGUGUUGUUUUGAAGAAGCAAAACAUUUGAAGGAAAUGAUUUUUCUAAGAUUAUAUACAGAGCUUCAAGCUAGAGGGUGGUCUUUUAUUUUGUUAUCAAGGAAGCCUGAUACACUACGAAAUGCCUCCAUAGAUCACCUUAUUUCUGCAGGAUACAGAGGUUGGUCUUCAGUGAUUAUGAGAUCGGAUGAUGAAAUGGAAAUGGAUAGUCGUGAAUAUUUUUUGAGACGAAGGUUGAUAAUGCAGAGAAAGGGCUUCCGUAUCGCAUGUGUGAUUAGCAGCCAGAUGGAUGCAUUAACAGGCCCCUUUUCAGGACAACGCAUUUUUAAGCUUCCUAACCCGAUGUGUUAUUAUUCCAAUCAUCCGAUGGAGAAAAUGUAUGCACCAAAAUUAUGAUGUUCCUUGUUAGCACCUUGAUUUGUUAUUCAGUAGUUCUACAGUUUCUCGCUGUAAAGCCUGCUCGGCCUUUAUCUGAACUACCUGGGUUCUCCUUAAGUAUUUUGUUGUAUAUAGGUAUUGAUAUCAUUGGUUUGAUCGAGUUCAUCACAAUUAUCAUUCAUAUUAUGUGCUAUUAAUUUGGAUCAGUUUUGUUUGAA